CUUCCCAAGAGCAUUGACGUUGUGGUGGUUGGCUCGGGCAUUGGAGGUUUGUAUCUUGCAGCCUUGUUGGCUAAAUCUGGACGUGUGGUUGUGGUCUUGGAGCAGCAUUACGUCGCCGGUGGCUGCACGCAUGAGUUCACGGACAAAGGGUGGACUUUUGACACAGGUGUGCAUUAUGUGGGACGCGUGGAGAAGUACAGUAAGCUGCUUGAGCUGGUGUCAGACGAACCCGUGGCCUUUGCCCAGAUGGGAACUGCUGCGGACGGAUUCGUGUAUGACCAUAUCAAGCUCGGGCAGGAACAGAUGCAUUCUUUCCGGGCGGGCCGGCAGAACUUCGUGAAGGACUUGCAGGAGCGUUUCCCAGAGGAGAGUGAGGCCAUCGAGAGAUAUGUGGAGAUGGUCAUCAAGUGCAACAAGGCCGCCGAUCUUCACUUCUUUGGAAAGCUUUUCCCGCGAACCGUGGAGCUCAUCAUGGACCUUCUCCUUGGAUCCAAGUUCAGAAAGCUCGCUAGCAGGACGGUCAAAGAUGUCAUGGAUGAGCUCUUCUCCUCGGACCUGCUGAAGUCUAUCCUCUUGGGUCAGUUUGGCGACUACGGCAUGAUGCCUUCGUCCGCCUCCUUCUUCAUUCACGCAGGCAUUGUGAGCCAUUACUUGGAUGGCGGCUACUACCCGGUAGGUGGACCUCAGCGGAUCAGCCGUGGGUUGAUUCGCACCAUUGAGAAAGCCGGCGGUCGGGUUCUGGUUAACGCGCCGGUAGACCGCCUAGACGUGGCCAAGAAUCAGGUGACGGGCGUGACGUUGCAGAACGGAACUCGCGUGCCAGCGCCUGUGGUGGUCUCUGCCGCCGGGGCCGAGGCAACGGCGAAGUUCUUUCCCCAAUUCGCACCGCCGGAGAAACUCCAGGGUGGCAUCAGCCACGUCUAUGCAUUUCUGGGCCUCCGGGGUAGCGCGGAGGAGCUGAAUCUCAGUUCCUCCAACCUCUGGGCUCUUCCCUCCAAAGACAUCGAGGGAGAUUCCGCCAGGUACUAUGCAGACCCCUGGCCUAUUGUGGACUCGGGCAGCAUGCUUCUUUUCGUGGGCUUCCCCUCUGCGAAGGACCCGGAGGCAGCCUCCCGCCAGCCGGGAAAGAGCACUUGCGUCAUCAUUACGGAGGCACGGGAGGAGUGGUUUGGCUCCUGGAGGCACGCAAAGCAGGGCCGAAGGGGCCAAGACUACGAAGCACUGAAGAGGAGGUUUCAGGAUGGCAUGGUGAAGGGACUGCUAAAGCACUUUCCUCAGCUCGAUGGCAAGAUUGAGUACGUGGAGAUGGCGAGUCCGCUCUCCAAUAUCCAUUACCUGAACCGAGCUGCCAGUUACGGCCUACAGCAUCCACCCAGCCGCUACACUGUUGCGGAGGGUCUUCGCCCCGGUCGCCUGGCCGGGGUCGAGGGGAUGUGGAUUACGGGCCAAGAUGUCACCACCAAUGGUUUCGCCGGCGCGCUGAUGGGAGGAGUACUUACUGCACACGGCAUUCUGGGCUACGGCUUUUGGGAGCUCGUAGUCUGUGGUAGGGACUUGAUAACAGACAUGAUGAGCCUCGAGCGAUGA